GAGUGUUCGCGAGUUUGGAGGGAAUUUCAACCAAAACAGUCGUGCGGCUCCUCGAAAACUAAGAUUAUGUGGAUAAACAACCGGCCUUUAGAGUUUUAAAACAAUAACGUUACUUCUCUUAAAGAGUUUAAGGGACAAAACAAAGGACAACACACAUUAACUGCAUAUAAAACCGUAGUUUGAUGUGUGCAUUAACAAGGUCCGCAUUAUCUUAGCUAACUAGCUAGCUUCGUUUAAUGAUUAUUCAUAGCUAGUUGCACGCUAUGGGCUAACAAUUCGGAGGAUGCUAAUACACGACUAUAGAUAAUUUAUAAACGGAUAACGAUAACAUUGGACAUGGAUCGAAAGCUGACGAGGCUCGAAAGUCAACUGUGUAAAGCCGUGAACGAUGGAGACCCCAGAUCUGUGCAGCUGCUUCUUUCACAAGGUGCAUGCCCUGACCGGGUGGGUAGUAAAGGGGUGGCUGCAAUACACUUGGCUGCUGGCAAAGAGAGUGAGAAGAACACACGCUGCUUGAAAAUGCUGCUGCAAUAUGGAGCAGAUCCCAAUAUCAGGUCAGAGGGACUGACUCCUCUUCAUGUCGCUGCACUGUGGGGAUGUUAUCAAAAUCUGAAGCUGCUCUUGAUCAAUGGAGGGAACCCAAACAUUAAAGAUCAUGAAGGGAAUACACCAGGGCAACUUGCAGAGCAGCAGGAGAAUCGGAAAUGUGCCCAGCUCCUUCAGGAGUACCAGUCCAGCUCAGUGGACACAGAAGAGGACGACAUGCCUCAAUUCCAAUACUCUGUGUAUUCAGACCAAGACACAUUCAGCUAUCCUGAAUCAGAGUACAGCUUCAGUUCCCACUCCUCUAUGAUAAGUGACUUUGGUGAAGCCCCAUUGAGCAGCACAAGGCGCUCAUCAUUUUUCAACCUGUCUAACAUUAAUGGAAGGCCAAAUUGCAGAGGAAUAUCAUAUAAUAGACUCUCUGAUAUGGACACUAAGAGGCAUCACGGCCAGGACUGGAACAAUUCCUCCUCACACUGGGCAUCUGAAGGUCCCUCCAUACUAUCAAGCACUCGUAUGUCUGCAGUGGGACCUGCAGCUGCGAUGCCGAUUCUUAUGGAGGAUGAUUUAUUAACUGACGAGGGUGUGUCCACAUCGAAAGCAAAUGAACAUGCUGCUACAGCUGAUGGUAGAAUCUCUCUUUCCAGAAGAGACACUCUCCCUGCAUUUCCCUCAAGGAGAGCGAGCCGUAAGAGUGUGAGCUUCAGAGACGUUGAUGAGUAUUUCCCCGUUUUUAGUUCUGAAUCUCCCAAACAGCAGCCUGCUGUCGAUGGCAGCCACUGCACCGGCAGCUUACCUUUUGACAUGUCUGAAUACUCUGACUUCCUGGAUUCAGAACGCAUGGCCACUGUUUUACACAAGCAGGGCAUUGACGUCACAUCGCCGGAUCACGUUUAUGUUUUUUGCAGGGAGAGCAGUGAGAGCACAGAGGAGGACUUGGAGAAAACGGUCAUCAGUCACUGUGUUUUGGAAGACAGUGAUGAUGAACAGGAGGGUGAACAUGUAGAAGAGGCUCAGGUGAAUAUACCAGAACAGCCAGGCCCGUCUCAUGUUGGCAGCAGUAGCAGUGGGACAGGUAGUAGUCAUUAUAGUAGCUGCGAGAGCGACCAUUACACCAGUGCUUUGGAUGCUUCUACACACCCAAAACAUUUUUUACUCCCUGAGGUAGAGGACGCUUGUCAUGGGGCUGAAUCUGACCGAAAGAUUCAGAUUUCUACUGACUCUGAUUCUAAAUUUACAAGGCAAGAUCUGCCACCUGUUCAAACAGAACAUCAGAUGGAUUCAAAAACUACAGAACAUUUACCAGGUUUGUGUGAUAAACAGGCUCUGUCUGAAGUAAAAUACCCAAACAAUGACUUGUCUGAGGCAUGUAGUGGUCCUGUUGUGGCCACCCAAAGUGAAGGUCGCAUUGGCCAGCCAGUGGCAGACACCCCAUUGGAUGAAGCAGCCGAGACAUUACAGGAAAUCUUCAACCUUCCAUUCACACCGAGCCCUUAUGUAACAGGCAGGACUCGCUCAAGAUUGAGUCGCUGCUCAAUGAGAACAAGCAAAACGCCCGAGAGCCUCCUCGCCACCUCUUCUCUGUUUGAAGAGACCCUCCCCACACCCGUUCGGACACGCCGCCAGACGCCUCGAUCUCAAAGCAGUGCAGACUUUUACAGUUCACCACACGUACCUUGUCGUACACCACACUAUUCAGGGGAAAGCACAGGAGGAGACUCCUUGCCUGCUGAUAGCCAGGACACACAGUCCAGCACCCUCAGAGCUGGUUCAAGUGUUAGCAAUAGCCAAGCUGACACUCUCAUCCUCUCCAAGAGCGUAACUGAUUCUGCUUCUGAAUCACAGACUCUAUCUGACACAGUCAUACUGGAGACAAACCAAGACCCUUCAGAGGAUGCUUAUGAAAGAAACCUUGCAGAGAUUAUACUGGCCAUGCAAGGCCACGAUCUUCUGACUGAUGACCUGACAAGUACAGAUGAGGCAACAACAAAGAGAAACGAAAGUGAAGACAAGGUAGAUUCCCAAAACAGUGAAGAUGCCUGGAUCACUGAAGGCUACAGCUCCCAGCCAGAGUCUGUCUCAUCUUCAUCUAGCUCCAGUUAUUUUUCCCCCCGGAGGUCCAGGGAAGACUCUGAUUUUCCUUCCACUCCAGGCACUGGCUGCACCCCCAGGUACAGCAUGAGCCGGCUUUCCAGCUGCCGCAGGCCGCAGCACCUGGCUAACCUAUCUUACACCCCCGGAGGGCGUCCGCACAUUCAGGAUCUGGACGAACCGGUGGAGUACCUCUACACCGAUACCGAACAGGGCCACAAGCUGAUAGAGAUCCACGUCCCACCCAUGUCGAACACCUCACUCAGCUCCAGCAUGAGCACCACCAGCAGCGAGGAAACCAUCCUUUAUGACUGGCGCUCCAUGCAGACGGACAUGAUGAACGCAGGAAAGGAGAACAAGAAGCCUCAGAAAGUGCAACAAAAGGAAGAAAAGGAUGAUGACAGGCUAUUGCCGGAGACCAAAGGGAUGACCGACAAGGAGCUGAGGCUGAGGCUAGUAGAGCUGGGGGAGAGCCCAGGCCCUAUCAGCUGCCGCACCAGGCCCACCUACAUGCGAAGGCUGUGUCGCCUGUUGCAGGAGUCAAACUCCCAGUCACUACAUCCCCAGAAGCAGUUGGAGCAGCCACAAACAGAUUUAGGUUAUAGUCCGGAAUUGUGUCGGGCCCUGCGGACCUUUGAGCUGCCUGACUGCCAGGCCGAUGAGCAGGCUUUGUGCCAGCAGUUUGAUCAACCAGAUCAAAACAGAAAAUGGAGGGAGGGCAUCAUCAAGUCCAGCUUCAACUACCUGCUGCUCGACCCGAGAGUGACGAAAAACCUCCCAUUCCGCAGUCGCACCAUGACUCCACAGGAGUGUUUCCAGACAUUUAUCCACGCUAUAUUUUAUGUGGGCAAAGGAAAACGCUCCCGCCCCUACAGCCACAUGUAUGAGGCUUUAGAGUACUUCAAAGGAGAGAAGACCGCCAAGAAACUGUGCCCCAAAGUGCAGCACAUCCUUCAGGUGUGGAACGCCGAGCAGGGCGUCAUCUCUCUGCAUUGUUUCCAGAAUGUCAUUCCGGUGGAGGCUUACACAAGAGAGGCCUGCAUGGUAGAGGCCAUCGGGUUGAAGAUGCUCACCAAUCAGAAGCGAGGAGAUUUUUAUGGCGUGGUGUCCACCUGGCAGGCGAAGAAGAAACGGGACCUGGGCGUCCACCUGCUGUACCGGGCCAUGCAGAUCUUCCUGGCCGAGGGUGAGAGGCAACUCAGACCAGCAGACAUCAGACAGUAGUGACCCCCACUGGAGGGGGGUAUGUAGUGCAGCAACAUGUCACUGCACAUUGGGAAAUACCGCUAGUUCAGGGUACAAAAUAGUUCUUCUUUGAAUCAUUGUGCACUUAAAAGUCAGUGUGGUUCACAACAUAAAGACCCCUUGAGCUGCUACCCAACAUUUAAUUGUCUUUUUGCUACAAAUGAACUUUGAUCCGUCCAUUUCUCAGCAUUAUACACUUUAUCAAACACGCAACAUCCUCUGAUCAUAUCUAUCAACUUGCUUGUUUUCCAUUGCUUGCUUUAUGUGGAAUAAUACUUACAGGGAAGUGAUUAUGAACAUGAUCUGGAAAUCAAAACUGUGAGACUGCAGGUCUUUCAGAAGUCACAACAAGUAGGCAUAAGUUAUUUUCCAAAAACAUUCCUCCCAUUUGAAUCCUUUCCUUCUUGACUACUGUCAUAUUAAUUACUUUUCCAAAUCCACAUCCAGUUCAGAUGUAUUUCAGUAUAAUCAAAUUAGCCGGUGUCACAUUGCACACAAACAAGUCGAUGCAAAAUGUUUUAAAAAAUAUUUUCUAAAAAAGUGAAAAAAAGUUGGGAGAGUGUUAUUAACAAAGGAAGCCAGGUAGUUCGCCGCGUAUAUUUUGUGGAUGUUAAGUUUGGCAGAGGCCUGUAAGUGGUACUUAGUAUGAUAGGUUUCAUAGAUCAGUAAGGAAGUGUAUAGUUUUAGAAACUCAGUGUCUUAAAACUUGUUUACAUGGCUGGACUUCCAUUUUGUUUGUUGUGCUAUUUUUGUAAAGCAUUGUAGGCAAGCUCAUGAUAUGAUAGCAUCCUAUUAUGCUAGGCUUUAGUGUAUAUACAGUUUCUUUUAGAAAUGUCCGUAUAAUGAGAUACACUAGGUAGAAAUCAGACGCUUAAGUUGGUCGAACAUCAGCACUUAAAAUGUUACGAUCAGCAGACUGUCCAAGUUAGUAGCAGAACUGUUUUUUAUAGUUAACAUCAUUGUGGUUGCAGCUGUUAUUUGGUGCCACAAUCUACUUUGAUAGCUAGUUAAGUCAAUACCAAAUUGAAGUCACUUUUUUAAAAAGGUUUUUUCCACAAUCCCUCAUGGACGACACAUUUCUGUCCAGGGCAGCUUCAAAACCAUUCAUUAUGUGCUCAGGGUGAUACAGUUGAUCAGGUGUCUGGAAGCUGCACAUAUUCUUUAUUUUACACAAAAGGCAUUAAAUAUUGACCAUUAAAAGCAUCAUUUUGUGUUUUAGAAAUAUAUAUAUUUUUUUACAUCUAAACCCCAAGUUUAAAGAAAAAAAAAAUCAAAGCAUUAGAGCAUCAUGUAGGGGAGUAACUGAUCUGCAGCAUUUACUUUUUAAUAUGGAUUGAACGUCAUGAAACUAAUUACAGACUACGUAUAACCACUAUAACUACAAACCAUUAAUAAUACUUUUUACAGUUUGCAUAAUUCUAACAAUAAAACUCCUUCGUUGUGAGCUAUGUUUGAUGAUUUUUCCUGAUUGAUUGUCAAACAGCAAAUCUUUCAGUCAUGCACAAGACAAUAUUACAAUCAUUUCUGCAUACAUGUAAUGAAGUCCUCUCUUUUCAUUGUGAUCCUUAUGUUCCUGUGUAACUGCUGUAGUUUCUUGCUCCUUUUAUUUUGCAUUUAUGUAAAUGUAGUAAAAAGAAAAACACAAAUGACAAAACUUGAGUGGGUGAGUUCUU